UAGAAUCAUUGCUCUUGUGAAAGAUGCGUCUCCAAAUAUCCCACAUUUCCGUUGCAAGUUCGACAAGCAAUCCAGCGGGAUAACUCAGCAUUCCAGUCGCGUGGCGGAACACGGCCGCGACGCCGCGAACUCUAUGAUCUACCGCUUUUUUCUUAAGCCUUGCGUGCUGUAUCCCACUUUUGUCUUCUCCCCGCACGGACGCAACGAAGAACGGAAAUACACUGCUGGUCGAUUCCAUUUCUCGGCUGCAGGGUCCUGGCGUGCUGGCGCGCCUAGCGUUAUAAUUUCUGGAGCUUUUAUUUUCCCCAAAUAUUUUCUUUCAGAGAAGACCUACUAUUGCUCUGGAAUACCGGGUUAAAGCGCUUUAUGAUUUAUUAGUGUGGCGUGCAUCACCUAUUCAUCAUAGCUAAAUGUCAGCAAUGGCUGUCGGAGGGUCCUUACAACUAUCAUAUGAACUAGGUGUUAUCAAUAAUAAUGUAUGGUCUAAUCCAUUAAAGGGCUCAGAAAUGAAGAACUGGCGUCUUUUACCAGGCCUUUCUCUAUCUUCAUUCUCUUCGGGUAUCUGUUCUAUCUAUCUGCAGCGACAAAAUGUUUGGAGUCUUCAUGUUUCAGGCGGCAUAUAUAGGAGAACAAACCUUUCUACUUAUAGCUACAAUUGCUUCAUUUGUCGAUCUUUUAACCUUGCAAGCAUUGCACGGGAUAUCCCUAAUCUGAAGUCAAGUACUAUGGCCUUGACUAGGUCAUUUAACGCUUUACUUGGAAGUUCUACCCCGCUCAGAUUAGCUCCAGCAAUUGGAGUCAUCGCCUUUUCUUUAUGGGGUAUUGGGCAAGUCAUGCGUUAUGUAAGGAAUAUCUUUCAUAAUGACAAUAAGAGGAAAAAGGCUGGAACACAUUUCAUCUUUGACUCUUAUGUUCAGCCAGUACUUCUUUGGACUGGAACAAUAUUGGCCUGCAGGACAAUGGAUUCUAUUGUUUUGCCAUCAGAAGUGAAUGAAGGUGUCAAGCAACGCCUUCUAACUUUUGUAAGAUCGUCAUCCACUGUGCUGGCUUUUGCAUGUUGUCUUUCAAGCUUAAUUCAACAGGCUCAGAAAUUCUUUAUGAAGAAGAACGGCUCUGAUGAGGCAAUAAAGAUGGGUUUCCAAUUUGGUGGGAGAGCUGUGUACACUGCAGUAUGGAUUGCUGCGUUUUCUUUGUUCAUGGAAUUACUGGGGUUUUCAACCCAAAAAUGGCUGACAGCUGGAGGUUUAGGAACGGUGUUACUGACGCUAGCUGGACGUGAGAUAUUCACAAACUUCUUGUCAAGUGUCAUGAUUCAUGCCACACGCCCAUUUAUUUUAAAUGAAUGGAUCCAAAUAAAGAUUCAGGGCUAUGAAGUUUCCGGAACUGUUGAGCAUGUUGGCUGGUGGUCUCCAACAAUUAUAAGAGGUGAUGAUCGUGAAGCAGUUCAUAUUCCCAACCAUAAAUUUACAGUUAAUGUUGUGAGAAAUCUCAGUCAGAAGACUCAUUGGCGUAUAAAAACUCAUCUUGCAAUCAGCCAUUUGGAUGCUAAUAAAAUUAGUAACAUCGUAGCUGAUAUGCGGAAAAUUUUGGCAAAAAAUCCUCAGAUAGAGCAACACAGACUGCAUCGAAGAGUAUUUUUGGAUAACAUAAAUCCAGAAAAUCAAUCUCUUUUGGUAAAAUACUUCUCUCUUAUUAAAAAUUUCCCUAAUUCAGUUCUUUUUCAUUCUCUUAGUACUGUGUAUUUGAUCUGGCUUCAAAACAAGAGCAUAUUUGUAUUUGAAGAUUCAAAAAGGAAGCAAUUUGUCUUUGAGCAUUGGUUUUUUCAAGAAAUCAAUUGAAGUAUUGUAAAUGAA